AUGCACGAUCCUAUGGCGUUUUCGUCACAGCUUCCAGCUGGCCAGCGUCGAAGAGGGUCAGAGUACCUGUGGGAAGCUCACAAGACGACCAUAAAGACCCUGUACAUUGACGAGGGACGGAGCUUGAAAGACGUCCGGGAAAUUAUGAAGUCUAAAUACGGAUUUGAGGGAUCAGUCAAAUCGUACAAAGUCCGACUGAAUCGAUGGCGAUUCUCUAAGUACAUAACCAACAGACUAGAGACGGAGGCCCUCCAACACUUGGUGAGGAGUGGCUUACAGCAUCGGGUAGCGAGUGAGGUUCAGACAUUACAGCUGAGCAAUGGGACAAGGGUCAGCUUAAGCAGCCUCUUCACACACCUUGAGAGGAAGAAGUCUGCUACAUCUAUGUACCCAAUGUCCACGCUCCGUCCACCUGACAAUCUUCGGUUCUCGGAAGAAAUGCUCAGCAGCGCCCGUGAGUACGUCCGCAGGCAAUACAUGGGCGAGCGCUCAGCCGAUCGCAAUCUUCUCCACAUCAUGCCCUCUCACUUGGGAGAUUUCUUCAAGGCAUUUGUGGCUGUUCGUCGCCUCCUCCAGGAGGCGAGGCUCGACGAUGCGCUGCUAGUUCUACGCCGGGCUCCUGAACAAAUUCGGCUUCUUCUGUCGGAGAAGACUAUAGACAAUCCAUCUGGCUGUAUAUAUAUCGCAGUCUUGUGCAUAAAAUGGAAUGAGUCAACGGGAGGACGCAUGAAUUCGAUUCUGAAGGCUCUGAUGAAGUACGCGGUAUCGGUCGUGCGGGAGGAUUCUGGGCCCGAGCCUUUGUUGCGGAUCCUCACAGCGUUGACCCAGCUGGAUGACGCCCUCUUCCGCGAGGCUGUCAUACGAACUUGGAGAUGCCAGUUGCAGACUUGGACUUCCAUGAUCGCGCCAGACUUGGAUGUGCAAUUGCUGGGCGAGUGGAUGGCUUUUGCCGAAACGGCGGGGUACGACCAGGUGCCGCGCGACCUGGACAAAGAUCUUAGGGAUAUGAUCCAAAGCUACGAGAUCCGUUAUGGCAGACGCAGUCAGCCUGUCAUUACCCUACUGUUCAUUCACGGCGAAUACGAAAGAAUCCGUUCCGAGAAGCUCAGUACUUCCACUGAAAAGGCCAGAGCAAUCUUCCUGGACCUGCUGAGCCGCGAUCCGCACCUCGACAUGCUUGGUAAAUAUACAGCGCAGUAUUUCCUGGCGAAGGAUUACCGAAGGAUCGGCGACCGAGCAAACGCAGAGAGGUACCUGCUUUCUGCGAUUGAAAGCCUGUGUGAACUGGAACACAGGCCGUGUUACGGCAUCUCUGCGGUGCUGGAGCUAAUGCUUGAUCUUGAGCAGUGGCUCACAGAGUGGGAGGAGUACGAGAAAGCGAAAGAUAUCCACCAGAGACGCUUAGCUAUGCGUCUCGCUCAUGAAAAAAGUGUCCGUGUAUAG